GUGGCGCAGGCGCAGUCACAACUUCAGUCACAAAUCCUGGUUUCAGAGGGUCCUCCGACGAUUACGACGCGUUUCUACAUCUUGCCUGAGGGACACAGGUGGAACUUGGAAAAUGGAGGAGUGUGCCAAUACCGGCGGCAUAUUAACGCAGCUGAGGCAGACCGCUCUGCAGUGGAGCAAGUGAAUGACCUGGCGGAUGCCGGGCUAUUGUUUGCCCAUCUGGAGCCGGCGGCUGAGCCGCAACGUGAAGGGUUGCCAGCGGCACUACAAAGCUACUCUGAGCCAGAACUUCCACGUGGAGGUGACGGGUUGACUCGGUUCGCUGUGGGGCGGUCUUUAUCCGAGGGCUGCUUGGUUCGACGGGAAGGUGCGUGGGAGUCAAACGUUGGGAUACUGCGUGGUGGCCUGUUGUGUGGCCAGUACAUUCCGCCACCUUGGCGAGUGGUGCGAAAAGCUGCUGGACGCUAUAGUGGUUAAUGGAGACCGAUACUACCGCGCCAGCGUGGAGCUGAGGUAGCGUUGGGACCUUCAUCUGUGUGUGGACGAUAUGUGCAUCGACUUACGAUUCUCGUGCAACUUGAGCUGGUGGCCUUCGGGCAUGUAUAUAUCCCCAGCCAGCACCGAAAUGAGUUUGCUAGAGGGCCUCAACUACGUCUUUACGCGCUUUCAGUGUGGCGUCCUAGAGUGCCAGGAACGGCACUUCUCCUUCGGACACAGCUCCAGCCACGAUGGUGGCUACUUCCUGUUCUACUCUACUCUCUCCAUGGGCGCCUCCUACGUGCUGCUGGCCAAGCAGCUGCAGAUGCUAUUCUACUGCGUGGUGGUCACGCUCAAUUUUCGGCGCCGAAAUGUUAGGUUCCGGCUCGAUAAUGCAGUUGUCGUUUGACACGGAGUACCAAUUUUGAUUUUAUUUUACCUCUCCCUGAUUUCCUCGAAA